GCGCACUUGCCCGCAGCGGUCGCCGGGUUUCUCCUUUGUGGCAGUCGGUGGGCUUUUGUGGGAGGCCGGUCCUCUUGCUCGCGCAUCCUUCCGACCGUCGGUCGGUCUGUCCGUCCGCCGCGGGGCCUGUCUGACGGACGCGCUCUGCGGCCCCUGGCUCCUGACGGCUGAGCCUGAGGCCGGCCCUGGUCCCGGCCCGCAGUGUCCCGGGCGGAGUGUGUGACGGGCUGCGUGGGGCGGGGGUGAUGGGGCGUGAGCUCAGCCUGGGGUGUGGGGCGCUUGCUGAGCCUGCCUGACCCCGACCUUGGCGGUGGGGGGUCCGCAGGGGGCUUCGCGUGCGUGACCGUGCAGCGGGGACUGCGUGUGCGACCCCCCGGGGCCCCCCUGCAGGCUGUCCCUGAGCCCCAGGAGCAGGACCCGCGCCUCUGGGCCUGGCCUGGGGCCCAGGAGGCUGCAGAGCUGCCCACGCUUCCGGGGAACGCUGCCGAGGGGCGCCAUGGAGACCCCUGCCCCGAAGCCCCAGGAGACAGCUCUGCCCUCUCAGGAGCCUGCUCUUACCCUCAAAAAGAAUCCAGAGGAUAAAUUGGGUCAGGGUCUCCCGGAAGCCAGUUCCGAGGAAUCAGUGACUUUCAAGGAUGUGGCUGUGGACUUCACCCAGGAGGAGUGGGGCCAGCUAGACUCCCCUCAGAGGGCCUUGUACCGUGACGUGAUGCUGGAGAACUACCAGAACCUUCUUUCCCUGGCAGGACCCCCAGUCUGUAAGCCGGAUGUGAUCUCCCACCUGGAACGAGGCGAGGAGCCGUGGCAGAUGCCCAGAGAAGUCCCUGGAGGGGCUUGUUCAGAAGAGGAGCCCGGGCCUGGGGUGAAGGACAGGCCGUGUCAACAGCAGGGCGUUUACAAGGAAGAGCCUUGCCAGGAGCCGAUCACCGAGCCACUGGGGCGGUCCGGGGUCCAGAGCCCCGGUCCGGGCAUCGGGCAGGCCCGCGAGGGCCCCGCAGCUGCUCCCGUGCGGGUUGAGGCUGCGCUGCGGAGGUCAGCACCAGGCAGCAGUGGGGACGCUCCCCCAGAGGGGCGCUGGCACGGCCACAAGGCUUCGGAGAAGGAUUUCCCCCCUGGGUGCACCCUCUUCACCUCCCAGACCAUUCCUGCCCAAGGAGACCCUCCUGGCGGGCCCACCGAGAGCCUCCAGUCCGGCGAGGCGGCCCCCAGGCAGCAGAGCGCGGGCCCGGGGAGAGGCCCCGGCAAGUCCGGCGAGCGCGGCGAACACCCACCGGCGAGCCGGCAGCGGGGGGCGGCGGCCGGGGCCGGCCUCUUGGCGUGCGGCGAGUGCGGGAAGGCCUUCCGGCGGAGCUCGUCCCUGACCCUGCACCGGCGGUGGCACGCCCGGGAGAAAGCCUACAAAUGCCACGAGUGCGGCAAGGCCUUCACCUGGAGCACCAACCUCAUCGAGCACCAGCGCAUCCACACCGGGGAGAAGCCGUUCUUCUGCGGCGAGUGCGGGAAGGCCUUCAGCUGCCACUCAUCGCUGAAUGUGCACCACCGGAUCCACACGGGCGAGCGGCCCUACAAGUGCAGCGCCUGCGAGAAGGCCUUCAGCUGCAGCUCGCUGCUCAACAUGCACCUGCGCGUGCACACGGGUGAGAAGCCCUACCAGUGCGGCGCGUGCGGCAAGGCCUUCAACCAGAGGACACACCUGACGCGCCACCAGCGCAUUCACACCGGCGAGAAGCCCUACCAGUGCGGCGCAUGCGGCAAGGCCUUCACCUGCCACUCGUCCCUGACCGUGCACGAGAAGAUCCACAACGGGGACAAGCCGUUCAAGUGCGGCGAGUGCGGCAAGGCCUUCAGCAGCCGCUCGCGCCUCACGCUGCACCAGCGCAUCCACACGGGCGAGAAGCCGUUCAAGUGCAACGAGUGCGGCAAGGCCUUCAGCUGCCACUCCUACCUCGUCGUGCACCAGCGCAUCCACAGCGGCGAGAAGCCGUUCAAGUGCAACGAGUGCGGCAAGGCCUUCAGCUCCCACUCCUACCUCAUCGUGCACCAGCGCAUCCACACCGGGGAGAAGCCCUUUGACUGCAGCCGCUGCUGGAAGGCUUUCAGCUGCCACUCGUCCCUCAUCGUGCACCAGCGCAUCCACACUGGGGAGAAGCCCUACAAAUGUGGCGAGUGCGGCAAGGCCUUCAGCCAGAAUCACUGUCUCAUCAAACAUCAGAAGAUCCACGCCGGGGAGAAGUCAUUCAGAUGUAACGAGUGUGGGGAAAUGUUCGGCUGGAGCGCCCACCUCAUGGAACACCAGAGAAGACACAGCGAGGAGAAGCCCUUUGCCAUCCAGUUCAACGAGCACCUGCUGAGCACUUACUACGUGCCGGGAGGCCUGCUAGGCACGGGGGGCGCGGGCGUGAGCAGCGUGGAUCCGAUUGAUGCCCUGGACGUGGCAAAGCUCCUGUGUGCAGUGCAGCCCUCAGCCGGCAGGACUUCACCGCUGGGCAGCGAGCCUGGAAAUUAGUGCGGUGUGCCCACCCUCAGCCUCGCUCCUUCCCUAGAAAGCACAGCAGCUCGGAUAUGCACAGCCUGCCCAUGCCUCCACAGUAGAGACUGGCCCUGCCGCCUGUGCCCAUGUCCCACGCGCUGGGACAACUCUCUCAGAGGUCAUCGCCACCCCAGCGAGCAUUCCACUGUAGGAGAGAAGAGCCGAGGGCCAUCUGAGGAUGUCCCGUCGUCCUGCUUUCCUUAAUGAGCUUGCAAGACACUGACAUGGAGAAUAGGUCUUUCCUGCAGACAGAAAGAAGGUAUAUUGAUCAUUGUGUCCUCGGACAGGCUUCUGGCAUGAUCUCGAUCAGGAAUUUCCUUUGUACGCGGUUAUGUUUAGAAUGAUAAUGAUGAUAAUAAAAACAAACAGAAGAGUUAUGAACAGUAUUCCAAGUGAACGUCAGUAUAUUCCAGGAGGGGAGAAUGAUCUUGAAUGGUGAGGGUUUAGGAAAAGGCAGAUUUCCUGGACUCACCUCACUGAAGCAGCUCUACCACAGAGUCAUCUGGUAGUGACAGCACCUCUGCCUCGGGAGCAUGGCCCGGCUUCGGCGCAGCCGGGUCCUGACAUGCCAGCAUCGGGCCUGGCCAUCUAGUCCCCACUGGGAAAUGGCGAGCACACAGGUGGGUGCUCGGCGUCCAUCCCGGGUCUAGUGUUGGGAUAGAUGUGUCUAGAAGCGUGCCUUCACCCUGCAGGGCCUCCCUCUGCUCCAGUGAGCUCAGCUCGCCGGCUCAGCCCUACGGGAGGAGCCCCUCCAUGGAGCCUGUUCCGUGUUCUCUGCAGCGGUGGGCGGGGUUCAUCUGGAAUUAAUGUUCGUUCCGCUCAGUCCCAAGCAAGUCUAAGCUGCUUUCUCAGUGAUAAUACUUUACAUUUAUAUAGAGAGCUAUAGUUUAUGAAAUGCUUUUUAGUAUACUUUUUAAAUUAUGGCAGCAAAAUAACUACAUUUCGGGAAAUGUGGAAGUAAGGAAGAAGACCCCCAUAAUUCCUAAUAAACUGCAUUUCGCACUUUGAUACAUUACCUUCUGCUUAUUUCAAAAUGGAUUUUUACAUUACUGCAAAUAUAGUGUAUAUAUCAUUUUAAUCUUUUUUUUCCACCUAGCUGCAUAGCAGAAUUUUUCCCCACGUAACUGAACUGUCUGGAGUUAUAAUUCUCAGUGGAGAACAUCCAUUAGAUGUUCCUUUGUUGAAUGUUGAGGUUAUUUCCAUGUUUUCACUAUUAUAGAUCAUUUCACUGUUAUAACCCAUUCUUCAUAGAGCAUCUUUUUGCAUUAUACUUCUUUAGCGUUUUCUCAGAUUUCUAAAAGUGAAAAUUUUGAGAUAAAGGAAAUGAACAACCUCAGGAAUCAUUUUUGUAUGGUUUUGGUGGUGUGUAAAGUCACACCAUUUCAUUAGGAAGAAAUCGUCAGCAAUAGUGGUCAGGUAGGAACGUCCCCCGCAUGGCAUCUCCCGAGACGGGGGCCUCCCAGCUCAAAGCUGGGUGUCCAGACCGUCUUCGUUCAGGGCACGGUGACCACACAGCGAUGCUCCUGGGCACCUGCCACCCCACUGCAUUCCUCCAGAGUGUGCAAGCGGGCCUCCCAUAACACGGUCCCCAGGGUCGCAUCGUGGCAGUCACAGUCGCUUAUCUGACAAGUAGGAAAAGUCCUAUUGUACAGCUGCAUUUGUAAAAGACAAAUACAGCCUGGGCUUAAUUCAUCAUUAUCACACUCAUUUUUCUCCUUAUUUCAAAAGAACUUAAAAUGAAAACAUCUCUGUGGGGCCCUGGACACAGUGGCUGCUGUCAGCCCUGCAGUGAGUACUUCGAGGUACUCAGCUGAGUGGCACCUUAUUAUCACUGUACUUUGCACCUUCAAUAGCUAAUGAGGUUGGAUAUUGAACAUGCUUUGAUUCUUGGUCUUUUAUCUUGAAAAUAAUUUGAAUAUACCCUUCCCCCUCUUUUCAUUGGAGACUUGAUGUCUUUCUUUCAUUUACAUAUAAACUUUUUUUUUCCCCUGCUUACACAAGCAAUAUGUAUGUGCUGAAGAAAUUUGGAAAAAUAUUCAGGAAAUUGUAAGAAUGAAAGUAUCCCUCAGUAUCAGUUCAUAGGCCACCGCCAGAGGUGCAUUUACUUCUGGUUCUUUUCUGUGCACAAAGAAUAUGCCUUUGCUUUUAAGGCAAAACUAGAUUCAUUCUCUGCAUGUUAUUUUUAUCUUUUUCCGUGUAACGUUUUAUGGUGAGCAUUUUCCACAUUACAAAAUAUUUUUCAGAAACAUUAUUGAUGGCUGUAUCUUUCUCUGUCUUCUCAUUGUAUCAGGAUUGGUCUGUUCAUUUAUUGUUGAACAUCAUUAUCUGUACCUAUAAAUAAUUCUGGAACAUAAAUGCCGUUUUGCCCUUUGAUCACUUCCUCAGAAUGAAUUCUGAGAAGUGGAGUUCAUGGGCAGAGUUCACAAACAUUGCAAAGCUGUUUCUAGGUCGAACCCAGCACAACAUUCUUAAUUCUCCCACAUGGGCCCCAAGAGCAUCCCUUUCCCUGCAGCCUUGCACAUACUUGGCUUCAUCUCCACUUUUUGUAUUUACCAUUUUGAUACAUCAAGAGUGUUAACUCGUUCAUGUUUUUUGACCUUUUUCUUCUCUUUGUAUGAAUUGUCUAUUCCAUUCUUUGUUCUUAUACACACACACACACACAGCACCUUGGCACAUACAUUUUUAUCUUUGUUACCACAUUUUUAAUGUACAGAGAUGUUCAAAUUCUGUGCAAUUGAGUCUUUUUGGUCUUUUUCUUUAUAUUUUUCCUUGGCCCUUAGAAAGCCCCUUCUUUAAAUCCUCUUUUGGUUCCAUAUUUUGCAUUUAACUCUUACAUCCAUCUGUUUGGGAUGCAGAUCCCUACAUCAUUCUAGAAUGGCACUCUUCACUGUUCCUUAGACCUCUCUUUUCUGUUUGUAGCUUCAUAAUUCACUUUAUAUGUAGUAGGACUGACCAGGACAGUAUUUUCAGUAGGCUUUUUAAAGGGUUUUUUAAAAAUCUGUUCUUCCAGAUAACCCAGGAUUCUUUUUCUCAGAGCUCAACCUCUUCUUGCCCCUGCACACCUCAUUGGGAUUUUGAUUAGAAUUAACUAGUGUGUGAAGAAUUCCAACAGUCCUAUAUAACAUUCAAUCUUCACAUCAAAGCACCAGUCAUUCAAAUCUGCCUCUAACCACCAGAAAAGCCGUAUAGUUUUUUCUUCAUAGGUGUUCUUACAUAUAUGUUCAAUACAUAUGUUUAUUGUUGAGUUCAUUCUAAUUUUGUGGGUUUUCUAAGUCGGGUCUUUCUGUUUUAUGUAGGACAACUAUUGAUUGUAUAUAUCUUUUUGUAUAUUUAUUUUAUAUCUAGCAACUUCAUUGAAUUAUUCUAGGUCUCUAACAAUUUACUAUUUUAUUGCACUUUCUAGGUAAUCUGUCAUAUAACCUGGAAAUAAAAAGCUUGCCUCUCCUUUUCAUAUAGAUAGCCUUUUGUUUUGUUUCUUUUUAAAACCCACGUUGGCUAGUGCUUCCAGAACAGCACUCAGUGUUGGUGGCAGUGGUCAUCUGUGGCAGAUUCUAUUUGGGGUAGGGGACCAACGUGUGUCACCUCAAAACACUUUGACCUCUAAAGAUUCUGUUACAGCCGGGGUGACCACAUGGCCCAAUUCUGAACAUCAAGGCUCAGGUGGAAAUCUGCUAAGAUUUGGGGAAAGUCUUUGCUUUGUAUUCCUCCCCCUCCCCCUCUUCCUGCCUAGAACUUGGAUGCAAUGCCUGGAGGUAUAGUAGCCAUCUUGUAACCAUGAGAUAACUGAGGACAAAAGUCACAUGUAGUGAAAUGGAAAAAUAGAAGGAUCCUAGGCCUUGGAAGAAAUUUUUGAGCAGCUAUUUCAGCCACCAACAUUCAACUUUCUGAGUUCUUGUGCAUAAGAAAAUAAACAACUUAAGUCCA